AUGGUGAACAAAGAUGGGAUUUUCAGAUAUGCAGACAAAACAGACAAGCUGUUGAUGAUGUUUGGGACAAUUGGGAGCAUUGGAGAUGGAAUGCAGAUCCCUCUUACAAUGUUUGUUCUUAGCCAUGUUAUCAAUGAAUAUGGAAGCCUUAACAGUCAUGUCUCCAUUUCUUCUGUAAACAAGUAUUCCCUCCGCCUUUUCUAUGUUGCUAUUUGGGUCGGCCUGUCUGCUUUCGUCGAGGGGCUAUGCUGGACAAGAACAGCUGAGAGACAGACUUCGAGAAUGAGAGUGGAGUAUCUUAAAUCGGUCCUCAGGCAAGAAGUUGGGUUCUUUGAUACUCAGGCGGCUGAAUCUUCCACCACUUACCAAGUUGUUUCCACCAUCACAUCCGACUCCAACUCCAUCCAAGUCACCAUAGGCGAGAAGAUCCCAGACUGUAUUGCAUAUAUGUCAUCCUUCUUCUGUUGCUUCGCCUUCUCCUUUGUUUUAUCAUGGAAGAUUACAUUGGUCGCCAUUCCCUUCUCUUUAUUGUUCAUUGUUCCCGGACUUGCCUUUGGAAAGUUAAUGAUGGAUUUCGCGAUGAAGGGCAUUGAAUCUUAUGCAGUUGCGGGUGGGAUUGCAGAACAAGCGAUUUCAUCAAUCAGAACAGUGUAUUCUUAUGUUGGAGAGAACCAAACGCUACAAAGAUUCAGCGACGCUCUUCAGAAAGUGACGGAACUUGGUAUAAAACAAGGACUUGCUAGAGGGCUGAUGAUGGGAAGCAUGGGAGCUAUUUAUGUCAGUUGGGCAUUCCAAACCUGGUUUGGUUCUAUUCUCGUUAGCAAAAGAGGUGAAAAGGGUGGCGACGUCUUUGUGGCUGGCUUCAACGUUCUCAUGGGAGGAUUAAACAUUUUAACUGUACUUCCUAAUCUGACUGCCAUAACCGAAGCAAAAGCUGCAGCUGUGAGGAUUACAGAGAUGAUUGAUCGUUUACCUUCAAUAGACCCGGAAGAUAGAAAGGGGAAAGCUUUAUCGUAUGUAAGAGGGGAGAUAGAAUUCAGAGGUGUCUAUUUCAGUUACCCUUCAAGACCCGAUACAGUGAUCCUGAAAGGAUUGGACAUUCGAUUUCCUGCUGGAAAAACAGUCGGCCUUGUGGGAGGCAGCGGUUCUGGCAAAUCAACGAUCGUGUCAUUGCUUGAAAGGUUUUACGAUCCCAUUGAGGGUGAAAUAUUGUUAGAUGGAUACAAAACUAAUAGACUACAUCUUAAAUGGUUGAGAUCCCAAAUGGGUCUUGUAAAUCAAGAACCUGUUCUUUUCGCGACGUCCAUUAAGGAGAAUAUAUUGUUUGGAAAGGAAGGAGCUUCCAUGGAGGAACUUCUGACUGCAGCAAAAGCAGCCAAUGCUCAUGAUUUCAUUAUCAAGCUACCCGAAUCUUAUGAUACUCAAGUCGGACAGUUUGGAGUUCAAUUGUCCGGAGGGCAAAAACAGAGGAUAGCAAUAGCAAGAGCUUUGAUAAGAGACCCAAAAAUCUUGCUCCUUGAUGAAGCCACGAGCGCAUUAGAUGCAGAAUCUGAAAGAACCGUGCAAGAAGCUAUCGAACAGGCUGUGGUCGGAAGAACAACGAUUGUCAUCGCUCACCGUCUCUCCACUAUCAGAAUGUCCGAUCUCAUUGUCGUUCUUCAAUCAGGUAAAGUAUUCGAAUCCGGCACCCAUAACGAGCUUAUGCAAAUGAAUGGAGGCGAAUACUACAGAAUGGUACAACUGCAACAAUCAGCUAUUACCCAGAACCAAACUCUGCCAUCGCCGAGCCCGAUUAACUCAAAACAACGAGACAGGAAAAACAGGUUGAAAAUGAACAUUGUUCCAUCAAGCCCAAUGAGCAUAAGAUCUAGUGCAGCAUUCAGUCCUGCAUUUUCUAUAAGUGCACCUUACUCUGUCCAAUUCGAGCCUUCAUAUUACGAGAGCGAUGAGGAAGACGAUCGAAAACUAUUUAAACCUCCCACGCCUUCAACAUGGCGUCUGUUGAAGAUGAACGCACCAGAAUGGGGACGAGCAUUGCUAGGAUGCAUAGGAGCUAUCGGAAGCGGAGCUGUUCAACCCUUAAACGCUUAUUGUGUAGGAGCCGUUAUUUCAGUUUAUUUUCAAACAGAUAAAACCAGCAUUCAAUCUCACGCGAGAAUCUAUUCCUUUGUUUUUCUGGGUAUUGGAAUUCUGAACUUCGUAACAAACGUCCUCCAACACUACAACUUCGCGAUCAUGGGGGAAAAGUUAACCAGAAGGGUACGAGAGAAACUACUCGACAAGUUGAUGACUUUCGAGACUGGUUGGUUUGACGAAGACGAAAACACCAGUGCUGCUAUAUGCGCUCGUUUAUCGGGCGAAGCCAACAUGGUAAGAUCGCUCGUUGGCGAUCGGAUGUCUCUUCUCGCUCAAGCCAUAUUCGGCGCGAUAUUUGCUUACGCGUUAGCUUUCGUGUUGACAUGGAGGCUCGCCUUAGUUAUGAUCGCGACUCAACCGUUACUGAUCGGAAGUUUCUAUGCUAGAAGUGUCUUGAUGAAAAGUAUGUCUGAGAAAGCCCGGAAGGCACAGAGAGAAGGAAGCCAGCUUGCGAGUGAAGCUGUGGUUAACCACAGAACGAUAAGCGCGUUCUCGUCUCAGAAGAAAAUACUUAGUCUUUUCAAAUCGACUUUAGACGGUCCGAAAAAGGAGAGCAUUAGACAAUCAUGGUUCGCGGGUUUUGGUCUGUUUAGCUCCCAGUUUCUAGCUGCGGCCUCUGCAGCUUUAGCCUAUUGGUACGGUGGGAGGCUACUUUCUAACAACCAGAUAUCUCCAGAAAGGCUUUUCCAAGCAUUCUUGGUUUUGCUUUUCACGGCUUAUACAAUUGCUGAAGCAGGAAGCAUGACUAAAGAUUUGUCUAGAGGAACCAACGCUAUUCGAUCUGUUUUCUCCAUUUUGGAUCGGAAGAGUGAAAUUGACCCAAAGAUUUCCCUAGUUGACACCACCAAUGCGUCUAUAAGGGGUCGGGUGGAGCUGAAGAACGUGUUUUUCGCAUACCCGUCUCGCCCAAAUCAACUUAUUUUCAAAGGCAUGAGCCUAAAGGUGGCUGCGGGAACAACUGUGGCACUGGUUGGGCAAAGUGGGUCUGGGAAGUCAACCGUAAUUGGACUUAUUGAGAGAUUCUACGACCCGUCGAAAGGAUUAGUGUUGAUAGACGAUCGCGACAUAAGACACUAUAACCUGAGAUUCCUCAGAUCACACAUCGGUUUGGUUAGCCAGGAGCCGACCCUUUUUGCAGGAACCAUUAGGGAAAACAUAGCUUAUGGGAAAAGGAAGGCCAAAGAAGCUGAGAUCAAGAAGGCUGCAUUACGUGCAAAUGCACAUGAGUUCAUAAGUGGGAUGAAAGAUGGGUAUGAGACAUACUGUGGGGAAAGAGGUGUACAACUAUCAGGAGGCCAAAAGCAAAGAAUAGCCCUGGCUCGGGCUAUACUUAAAAACCCAUCAAUUCUGCUCUUGGACGAGGCUACGAGCGCUCUGGACAGUGUAUCGGAAAACAGUGUUCAAGAAGCUUUGGAGAAAAUGAUGGUGAAUAGGACCUGCAUUGUGGUGGCUCACAGGCUAGCUACAAUACAGAGAUCAAACUCCAUUGCAGUGAUUAAGGAUGGUAGAGUUGUGGAGGAAGGAUCACAUUCUGAUUUACUUUCCUUGGGUAGAAAUGGUGCCUACUACUCUCUUGUAAAACUUCAGGCAGGCAAUGCUGCCACUGCUUAAUUGUCUAGAAACCUCUUCUCUUUGUAUUAUUAUUAUUAUUA